AUGCGUUUCUUCGCCGUAGCCGGACUUCUGUCUCUCGCAGCCGCUCUUCCCACCGCCGAUCCCUCCCAGCAGGACAACUCGGUGGCACGCCGUGGCGACGCCCUCGACCACGUUCUCGCCGUCCGUGCCGACAACUCCAACGUCGGUUUCAACCCCUUCGACCAGACCUACUCCUGGCCCGACACAAGCGUCACAGGCGGUGGUAUCAGCGCUCAAUUCAGGGCCACCAACCUCAACAACGGCAACUACAGCUUUCAAUUCUGGAGUUCAGCGCCUCUCAACGGCGGAAACCUGAGUUAUCGUGUCUCUUACGGCGGGAAGGAGUUGGCAAAGGUGGUUCUCUCCCCUGGACAAACAACCACAGUCACCGUUCCGAAGACUGGUGACAACUUCAAUAUCUACAUUGAUGCAGCCUAA